GACCGACAACCGAUUGCACAGCUCAUUUCUCAGUCGAAAAGAAACACACAAAGUGAUGCAAUGUUGUAAUGUAGCCUAUAUCGUUCUGUCAAAUUAACAAUUAUGUUACAGUGUAACGAAAAAGGCGAGAUUUUACCUGAAAGGAGCUUACAACUUCAGUUACACGCUCUUAGCAAAUCUAUGUCAUGUUGUGCGGUGGAAAGGCUGUGCGUGUACUUGUUGAGCUCCCGGACCAUCACAGAGUAUGAGAGCCAGGUGAUCUGGUCCCAGAGAACAGACAUGGAGAAGGCUGCCAAACUGCUCCAGGUGGUGCUGAAGAAGGGUCGCAACGCCUGUCUGCUCUUUUUCGACUCACUAGAAAAGUGUUGCCAGUGCCCACCACAGUUCGAAAGAGUCACCGGCCUCCCAGAGAGGAGGAGGACCAACACUGCCCCAACUUACGUCAUCAACAUCAGCCAUUCCAAUUUGAGUAACUGCAUCAUUGGAGAUGGCAACUUUCAAGGUGUGACAACGUGUAUACAACAACCUCAGAGCAUGGGUUCAGAGGAUUCUAGGCAUGAGACAAUGGGAGGCAACGUCACCAGUGAUCACCAGAGAGCAGUACAGGCCUGUCCAGAUCCAGAGCUCCAGAGGAGUAUCCAGGUCUACGGGUCCCAACUGCAAUAUGUCAUCAUCGGGGACAACAACAACCUGCAGGCUGAAGACACACCGGAAGAGGAAGAAGGGGAAGAAGAAAAACUCAUUAAUGAAAGUAACUGAUUAGAUUUGUGUAGUGCUUUUCCAGAUGUUCAAAGUGGUUUACAUUGUAUUGGGGAAACUCCCCUCAUACACCACCAACUAGUUUCCAUUUAAAUCAUUUAGCAGACUCUUUUAUCCAGAGUGACUUAUAGGAGCAAUUAGGGCACAUCGACAGAUUUUUCAUCUAGUCGCCUCAGCGGUUCAAACCAGUGACCUUUCAGUUACUGGCCCAAUGCUCUUAACCGCUCGGUUACCUGCCUCUGGUGCCAAAGGUUACAUGUUCGAAUCCAGUGGUAGAAAGUUGUUUUUGAGAUUUUUGUUUUAAGCCUAUCCCAAACCUUAACACUUACCUUAACCAUUCAGAGUAAAUGCCUAACCUUAAGAUUUCGGAGUUAA